GAAACCGUCUCGCUAAUCUGGAGGUAAAAUGGCGUCGGGUGCCAUUUCAAUGGAUUCAAAGAAAAUAUCUGAAUUAAGGGUUGUCGAUCUUAAAUCGGAGCUCAAAAGAAGGGGAUUGGACACGUUUGGCGUAAAAAGUGUUUUGCUUUCAAGGCUUAAGCAAGCUAUUGAAGAUGAAGGCGGCGACCCAGAGUACAUUCCGACUCCUGAGUCGACUGAUUCAUUGUCGAGGUUAAGUGGAAAAUCCAGAGGGAAGAAAUCAGAUUCUGAUUUGGAAAAUACCGUGGAAGAAGACGUGUCUUCCAAGGAAGUUGAAGAGUAUGAAUCAGAAAAGGAUAUAACUGAUACCGAUGAUGGUAGUCGCGAAAAUUCAAAGCCUCCACCGUGUGAGGACAGCCUCGCUCACUCUGAGCCUGAGCCCGAGUCUGAAACCAUGGCGGCUGACGCUGACUCAGAGCCUGACCCAGAGGUAGAUGCAGAUGCAGAGGUGGAUGAGGAUGCAGAUGCAGACGCAGAACCGGAACCAGAGGCCGAGGCAGAGACAGAAGAAGCCGAGAGGGAUGCUGAAACCUUGAGCUCCUCAAGAGAAUUGGAGGACGAUCACCUAUCCGUCUCAAUCCAAAACGAAGACGCCAUCACCCUGGAUGUUGAUGGCGACGACCUCCUGGAAACAGGUAAACAUGUGAAACUUCCAGAUACAGAGGCAGAGAAGGGCACUGAGACUUGUGCCGAGACGGGCCAAGAUGAUGACAUGAAGGAUGAAGACAUGGAGGAAGAUGGUACGAAAGACGAUGACGAGCCCACGAAGAAAGACGCCAUGAUGAAGGCUGAAACCGAAGAUAAAGAAAAGGAUUCUGGGAAGAAAGGCCCGUCUGCCACAGGGGCCUCAGGUCAAGCAAAGAGCUCUUCAAGAGACAGAGAUGGAAAAGCAGCAAAGGAUGAAAAGGGUGUGAGCAGCUCCUCUCGUAACGUGUGGGUGAGCGGCCUUUCUUCAAACACCAAAGCAGCUGAUUUAAAGAACCUGUUUGGCAAAUAUGGGAAGGUUCUGAGUGCUAAGGUCGUUACAAACGCUCGCAGUCCUGGUUCAAAAUGUUACGGCUUGGUGACGAUGUCUUCCGGUACCGAAGUGACGCGCUGCAUCUCCCAUCUUGACUGCACAGAGCUCCAUGGACAGCAGAUUUAUGUUGAAAGGGCUAAAAAUGAUCCGUUCAAAAAGGAGCCCUCAAAGAAAGAAGUGGAGGACAAAGCAGGAUCCAGCAAAUCCAACAAGAACAUUUUCACUGGAACUAAACUGGCGAACAAAGCACAGCUAACUUACAAAAAAGAAGAAAAGAAAUCUGAUAAGCUGUCAGACAAGGAUUCAUCCAAGAAACAGGAUUCAAAAAGUGGCUCAUCGAGCUCCGAUCAAGAGUCUUCAAAGAGAGACGACAGAAAGCGUGGCCAAACAAAGAGCCCUGGGAAGUCGACAGAUGAAGAUGAACCUAAAGGAGACGGUGGCUUUGAAAAAAGACCUUUUAGAACUGGAAGAUAUUUUAACAAACCAUUUAUGAACCCCAACUUUGACAGGCGUCCCAAGUGGCUGAUUCCUCCUGAAGAGGUACAAUUGCUGAGGGAGAAGCGGCAAUCCUUUCACAACAAAGGGGGAGAAAUGGUCAUUCUGCCUUUUGACAAGUUCAAGGAGCAGAAAGAGCAGCGGAUGCGUGAGCAAAUGGAGCGCUUCCACAGAGCUGCAGAGCUGCGCAGGCGGCGUGAAAUUGCAGAGCAAGAACGGCGGGAACGCGAGCGAGUCCGUCUGAUGCGUGAGCGAGAAGAACGGGAGAUUCUGCUCCGGGAGCGCCAGAGACUGGAAAUGGAGAGACAGAAACUGGAACGCGAGCGGCUGGAGAGGGAAAGGCUUGAGAGGGAGAGGAUUCGCAUCGAGCAGGAGCGGCGUAAAGAAGCCGAGCGCAUGGCGCGUGAACGAGAGGAGCUUCGGCGGCAGCAGGAGCAAUUCCGCUUUGAGCAAGAGAAGAGAAAUAAUCUGAAGAGAGGACGUGAGGUGGAACACGGUCGGCGGGACGAUCCCUACUGGAAUGGCAACAAAAAAAUGCAUCCCGAGUCGGAGGUCCGUCUGAACCAGGGCUCCAAUUACAACCGGCAGCAGAACCGCUUCCCCAACACAAAUCCUCGGGAGAGGGGCCGUUUUCCAGACGCUGGCCAGCAGCCCAACACGUUUGACAGACGUAACAGAUUCGAGGGCGAACCAGAGGCAAAGAAGAGUCGGCCGGCUCCUCACAGAGAGGGUUCCGGCUUCGAUAGAUACCCCAAGAACUACGAUGCCGUCCACAGACCCGAGCCUCCCCCACGUGGGGACACGGACCGGAGGGACAGGGACGAGCGGCGCCCGCCGCCCCUGGGAGCAAGACCUCCGAUCCCUGCCAUGUCGCACAACCGCCCGCCGAGGGACGGCGUCGCGGGAUGGAAGAAUGAGGGAGGAAUGAAUUCCAGCAAGGGGGACAUGAGAGGGCCGAUGCGUAUGCGUGACGAUCGUCCUGGCAGAGACGCUGGGAGAAGCGGCUUUAAUAACAGAGGUCAACCCAUGGGGAUGAAUGAGCAGCCGUUCAGCUCGGGGCGCCAGGUUGUGGUGGAGCGUCACAGUCGGGAUCAAGGACUGAGGAAGGAGUGGCACGGCGGCUCAGGCUCUCAGGUGUUUUCUGACAACCGCAGGAUGGGAGACGGUCGCGGCGGCAUGAUGGCUUCCUCCAGCCACUCUUCGUCAGGACUGGGCCGGAUCGUACAGAUCACCAACAACUCUAUUUCCAGCGGCACCGUGGGCGGAUUCAAGGCUUUCAAAGGAGCAUCGCGGCCGUUCUAACACCGAGUAGAGACGCUUUAAAGCGUUGGAUAUUUGAAGAUUUUCCUGAACACUUUAUUUUUAAAGUAACUGUUUUGGGUGGAACAUUAGCAGCCUUGAGGUUUAGUCCCUUGUUUUAAUCUGUACGGACAGUGUUGACCUCAGUUCUGCUGGUACCACGAAACACCCCUGUGCACGUUUUAAUAUUUCUGAAGUUGCUGCACAGCCCAGCGUCUUUGUAACAAGUUUUCCAGUUAUGACAUAGAACUUCUUUCAAGUGUUUGUAUAUUUUCAUUAGCGUAGUGUUGCUCUGUUUCCUGUGAAAUGUUUUAUUUCAGUGUAUUAUAGAACUCAAAAUAACUGCUGGAUCUGGAUGUUUCAUUGAAAUGGAUGACAGUCCUCUUUUUUUUUUUUUUUUUUUUUUUUUUAUUUAUACUUUUUUAUUUUGUUUGGAAGUUGUACUUUAAUGAAGGUGUCAAAUUUUGUAAAGCUGUACUAAUCUGCUUGAACAGGAUAAAGCUGUGUAAAGUGCUAUCUGUGAUGGACUGGAUUCAGUGAGGACUGAAUCAUGUUCAGGUGUUGCUAAGAAGAAACGGCGAGAGGAAAUCUGUUUCUGUUCGUAAUUCAACUGUGGACAUUUUACAAAUAUAAUUUGAGUAUCAGUUUUCAUCUUCAUGGAGUUUUUUAUUUUUUUUUAUUUUUUACCUUGUCUGUAAAUGGAACAGUUCCUCUAUUGAAGGUUUGAAUCUGGAAAGUUUGGCACAAGAUAAAAUCAGUCUGAAGCUUGAAAAAGCUCUAGGCUGCUACUAAAGUGAACAGGGCACUGCUUUGACUAGGCCAUCAUGUGGAGGGAUUCCUGUUAUUUCACUGCUUUUGUCAUUUCAAAGCUUUAUCCUUUCAGUUGCACCAGUCGCCACUUUGGAUGUCAUGUUUGUAACCUUAACCACACACCGGAUGUUAUUGGUUAUUAAACCUUGAUUAGAAAACAAAAUAAAUGAAGUGGCUUUUUACCCGUUAA